AUGAGCGCCCACGUCGUGGUGAUCGACGCGACAGCCAGGCGGGCAACGAUCAAGACAACACCAGGCAAACACUUGACCGAUAUACUACAAGAAGCGUGCUCAAAGCUCGGAUAUAACUCUAGCCAGUAUGGCCUCAAGCACAACCGCAAGCAACUAGACCUCUCUCUUUCCUUCCGUCUUUCCGGUCUCAGCUCCGGAGCAAAGCUGGAGCUUGUACAGCUAUCCCGGUCUCCUUCUGUUGUGACGGUCGCGCUACAGCUUCCCGAGUCGGAGGCCCGCGGGGCACCAAACGGCCGCAUAAUGGACAAGUUCCCAAGCACGACAACCCUAUGGCUGGUAUUGCGCAAGUUUGAGGCGGGUGUAGCAGGAAGUGGCCCAUCUAGGAAUCUCACCGCACGGGGUGUUCCCUCUAUCACUGGUGAUUCUGGUGCCGGGCGGCUGUUCUACGAGAUCCCAGUCCUUCAGGUCAUCGGGCGCGAGCUAUCAAGCUUCACGGACCUGCAAAAAUCCCUAGCUCAACUGGGAUUCAAUAGUGGCAACGUGCUUAUGCGACUCACCUUCCGGCGGACAGAGGAGCCGCUCGAAGUAGCAAUGACGAAGAUUGCCGAAUACUUCCAGUCAUCAGAGGACAAGGUGCCGGUUGCAAAACCAGAUCAGACCUCCGCUACUCCUGCUGCAGAGGAGACUCUUGGUGAGUCUCAAGAGGAAUCAGACACUCUGAUGCCGUCAGGGGCCGUUGAUGGACACACUGUUCCAGGCACUACUGGGCAGGAACUUGCAGGUUCCGUUUCUGAGCAACCUGCAUCAACAUUACCUGCUGGGCGUCCUGUGACGGUCUUUUCUCCUCCGACUAACGAUACUCCAUCAUCUGCACAAAUAUCUUAUAAUGAAGAAGACUACAUCCCCUCUGUUGAGCAUGCAAAAGCUCAUCAGCGGCUUCUUAAUGAAGCUUCGCGCAACAAACGGCUCCUCACAGAUGCUGAAAUCGCCGCGAAAGCAGCAUCCGAGGAGGCACGCCGCUCAGAAGUCCGCGAAGUCGACGUAAAAGUCCGCUUCCCCGAUCAGAGUCAAGUGGUAGCCAAAUUUGGACCUUCGGACUCCGGGUUGACGCUUUACGGAUUUGUUCGCGGUUGUCUUGCCCCUGAAUUCGCGGCGGAGAAGUUCACAUUGAAUGUUUUCUCCAGCCCGACGACCCUUCGAUCAGCGCAUGCAAAUACAAUCCCCGACUCGGACCAGUCACUGUUAAUCAAGAACCUGGGCCUGGCUGGUCGAGUACUGGUCAAUUUCUCAUGGACUGAUGUAUCCUCGGCUGGUCAGCGUCGAUCGAACCUUUUACGUCCAGAACUACGCAGCCAGGCUCAGGAACUCAAAGUUGAGCAGCCUCCCGAGCCCGUCGAGGAGCCAUCUGCUUCUACAUCGACAAAGGCAGAGCCAAGCGGUGCUCACUAUGGUGGCAAGCCUGGUGGAGCUCGAAAGAGCGGUACCAUGCCCAAGUGGCUUAAGCUGCCAGGCAAGAAAUGA